GAUGCGAUUACAACCCGGCCUUUUUUAAGAAGGGCAAAAACCGCCCAUUUUCAAUAAUGUCAAAAUCUGAAGAAUUCACUGAAUGUUUCAUCCAAUUGUCACAACCAUCUGAGAAGAGACUUGACUUUUUUGACAAAAUACAAGAGUUUGUAUGUAAUGUAUAUGGUUUGAAACGAUUAAAGUUUAUAAAUGAGGCGGGAGUAGCAUUGUUUCAAAAGACAUACAAAUUUCUUGAUAAUGACAAUUCGUUUCGAUUACCUAAGAAAGGUAUUGAUGGCUCAUCUCUUCCGCCGUGCAAAACGGAAUUAUAUAAUCAUUUUCUAAGGACGUGUUAUAUUUCGGAAAUUUGGUCUCAAGCACACCUGAAAGUACCAACUGUCAAUGAGCCUUCUGACUAUGGCUGGGUAGAAAUAAAUAACAGAUAUGAAUUCAUGUGGUUUUCUGGUACUCAGUUACCAACAUCCAUUGAUCAAAUAACUCAAUCAGAAGAAGAUGACGAUAAUGAAGACAUGGUGGAAAACAGCUCUGACAGCGACUCUGACAGUGAGUCAUAAAGAGAAGAAAGUGAGAUGAGCAGAAGCGAAAAUGAAAAUGAUUAAAUUACCAAACAUAAUUAAAUAACUUUUUGUAUUAAAUCUUAAACAUUAUUCAUUUAAGUACUGAAA